CGAGAAAUCUUUUGCUCAAGAAUCUUGACGCAGUGAAUAAUAAAGGCAAUCGAGUUGUGAUAACCUUUGAGGUCAUCGCCUUCCCUGCCCCACAUCAGUGUAACGUGUGGUUUAUUGAAGCUGCGUAUGAGAAGAUUGAAGGUUUGAUGGCUAAUAUCACCUGUGAAACCUUCACACGGCGCCGUUACCUGUACAGGUGUAGUCUGGUGGUCUUGAACUUUCCAUCCCAGUUAGGGAAUGGCAAGUACAAGAUUCAAGUCAUCAAUGAGGUUGGCAAUGAAAACUUCACUGUUGCUCACGCUGCAAAUGACCAAAGGCGCAAUUAUGCCGCUGUUUCUGGUGGAGUUAUUGCUGCCGUUGUUGUUGUCAUCGUAGCAGCUGUUUUGAUCGCCAUCAUUAGACGAAGACGAUAUGCAAAAGACGACACGAGCUCUGACUUCAGCUCCAGCGACACAGUUGCAGUGCCUUUGAGUGUACGAGGUUUGGGGCACGGAUGGUGGACUUCAUCCCCACCCACUCCGACUCCUGGUAGCGCAGUGGAUAAGGGCAGAUGGACAAACCAGGAUGGCCUGACCUAUGUGUCACUCAACUUUAACAACAGAAAGCAAAAUCGAGCCCCGAAGCACGAACCCACAGAGUACAGCACAGUGAAGGCGAUUCAUACCCAAAUUCAGUCUUGACAAAGAAAUUAAAAAUAUUGUACUUGAAAAUGAGCUCAGCGUAAUCCACACAAUACGAGUAUGAAUGUAAGGGAUUUCAAGACGCCUUUCUGAAAAGAUUUGAAAAUGAAAGACCACUUCUUGUGAAAUAUUAUUUAUGCUUUUUAAAGAGUACUUCAAUUAAUUAACAUAGUUUAAAAUCAGCGACUGUAAUUUUUUUUUAAUAUUCUCUUACUAUGAAAUAAUCUGCUGGGGGGAAUGCAAUGACUAGAACUUUAAACUAUCAACAAUUUUUUACUUUUGUAUGAUUGCUUAUGCUCGAAGUUAUUGUUAAUUAGUUAAAUAUUUGAAUAUUUUACCAUCAUGCUUAAAAGUUUAAACAUUAAAACUCUAGUAUUGUUUUAAUUUGAAUAAUUUGUCAGACCGUUUGUUAGUUUUUGCAAUUUCAUUCUAAGACGUUUUGUAAUAAAUGGGUUAGGUUCUUUUCAAAGAACUUGUAUAUAAUAGCUUUUCCAUAAAAAAUAGCAUACUAUGCCUUUUGUUCACACGCAGAAAAAGUAACACAUACAUAUAUAUACCCGGAGGUAAAGAAAAAAGAGUGCUUGAGAUUCAAAUGAAGCAAAGUGUUAAAAAUGUGAAUUAAUUUGUGUAAAUGCAAGACGGAAAAGAAUAGAGAAAGUGUUUGAUUGUAGUUACUUUAAAAGAUCGUAUUUUUCCUUUAUUUGUGUAGUGUGCACUUUCGUAACUCAUGAAAACUGCACUAGGACCGGUGAACUUCGCCCUGAAUAUUUAUAUAUAUUUAUGUAUGAGAAUAUAAUAAACUGGUCUCAAAGAAUA